GCUUCUAUUUCCCAACGGUUACCCGCAUGCCCCACCGACAGUGGUCAUGGUGACCCCAAGUGGGCGGCUGGAGACGGGUUGCCGCUUGUGUCUGAGCAUGACUGACUUUCACCCAGAGAGCUGGAAUCCGGCCUGGUCCGUUGACACGAUCCUGACGGGCUUGUUGUCCUACUUUCUCUCUGAUGCAGAAUCGGGCUAUGGAUCGAUCAGGGCUUCCUGGGAAACGCGGCGAGCGUUUGCAGAAGAGUCCUGGGCCCACAACCUCUCAGACCCCGACUUUACGCAGCUCUUUCCGGAGUUUCGCAGCCCUCAGCAGAGGCUUGGCAUGUGCUGCUUUGAUCCUUUCAAGCAUUGGGUGUGGGAGCAAGACCCCGCAAGCCUGCUUCAGCCCGAUGUUUGUGAGAAGCUUGAGGUGAACUGCGAAAGUGUUGUGUUCUUGCCAGUUCUUGCAUUGAAAGCAGACCGUGUCAUUCAACCAGCCAGACAGAAUCGCAGGCUCGAGAGUGCUGGAUCUGUCGAGAUUCCGGUGAUGAGGCGCCGACGGCUUGUAGCCUUGGCCGUAUGGCCUGUGCUGGCUCUUCUUUGGCCGCAGAAAGUCUUUGUCGUCCCGCGAGCUGAGGCUCCAGGGGCCUCGGAUGCGACAUCCAGCUUUCAUUAUGCAGAAUCCAAGGCUCCAAGCCUGGAGGAGGCUCCGGAGAUGAGCUAUGUCUCCACCGUCCGGUCAAUGGCAGGCGUGGUGCUGGGUCUUCUCUUGGCCGUGGCUGCAGCCGCAUCUGCGAUGGCAGAGGACGGCUCGCCGACAGGCUUUGCAGAGUUCGCCCGCAAGGGAGGCAAGAUGGAUGCCGACGUUGGCUGCUUCUUCAACCAGUGUGGGAAGCAAACAAAGGCGUGCUUUGUUGAAGACGGGCGAUGUUUGAAAGGCGCCACAUGUCUUGCGAGAUGUCGCGGAGACCCAGAUUGCGCCACGCAGUGCUUUGCAGAAUUUGGCUGUCCCAGGCUGGAUGCCUGGCUGAACUGCACAGUUGAGAAGGAACAGUGUGUCAGCGUUCCCGCUGGGACUUACGACGUUCGGAAGUUCUAUGCCGAGCAAGUCCCAACCAAGCUCAAAGACUUCGAUGUUCGCAAGCUAGAAGGCAAAUGGUACAAAGUCCGUGGCUACAACAAGAAGUACGACUGCUAUCCAUGCCAAACAAACGUUUUCAGGUAUAACGCGGCAGAGAAUACUAUGGAAACCGAAGUCUCGCUUCGACUUGCGAGGCUGAAAUCUGGAGGAUACUGGGAGAACACACUGACUGAAAAGAUGCAAAUCCAAGCUCCGAGCGACCGCAGUACCUUGUUUGCGAAAGGCGAAAUCUUCGGCCUCUCCUUCCAAGAGGAGUGGUACGUUUUGGCUGCUGACGAAGACUUCGUGCUGACGGCAUACGUGGGCAAUAACCUGCAGGAUGCUUACAGAGGCGGCUUCGUCUAUGCGAGAACGCCCGUGCUUUCUGCAGCAGCAGAAGCCAAAGUGAGGGCGGCAGCAGAAAAGAACGGAUUUGAGUGGUCGAAGUUCUGCAUCAUUGACAACGCUUGCCCUGCACAGCCGCCUGUUGAUUAUACGCCUAUGUCCAUGAACAUGGACGACGUGCAGGACCUCUUUGAAUGGUUCGCACCUGGCUCCACACGUGGUGGGACGGUCAAGGACUCCAACUUCAAUGGUGAGUACUGA